AGUGGCCAGGACCCGGGCAGUGUGAGUGCCACUGAAAAUCAGCUCGCGUGCCGCCUUUGGCACCUGUGCCAUAGGUUGCCUACCCCUGCUCUAGACCAUCCAGUUCCUUCCCCCUCCCUGCUCAAACCCAGGACCCAGUGCUCAUAAAAGUGACCGAGCUGCACUGUUUAAGCAGAGUGGAGAAAAUCUUCACACAGUCCACAUGCUGAACAAGGUUAAUUAAAUUCACCCCUUUGGAGGGUGUACUUUAUUCUCACAACUCAUCACAGUCUCAAACCCAGUCAUCCUCUGGGGUUCUGGUUCAUUCACGUUACAGUUCUCUCCUCAGGGUUAUUCUCCUAGUCACCCGUUUUCAGAGUUCUUGGUUAUUCACAGUUCAUGCUUCUAAAUGCAUGGUUACAGGAAACAUUCCACUCAAACAUCCUCCCCAACUUGGUCUGACUGUAAGUCUAGUAUGUUGCAAACCCCAGCUCUUCUGUUCAGACCUUCAGUCUCCAAAGGCUUUUACUUACUUUAUAUAAAGUGGAUUAAUGGACACAGUCGAAGCAUUGUUUUGGCACUAACUCACUUGACUUUUUAUCCAGUGUCAGUCGCUACUAAUGGAGGAUGUAUUAGGUGACGCUGCCAACUAAUUUGAGAGCCAAAUGAGAAAUGUGGUGACUUUUUUUGUUUUUGUUUUGAAACUGUCCCUUGAGAAGAACUACCAAGAAAGGGCAACCAGAUUGCAAAGCGGAAACUACAUCAAUGGUCUUUCAGCUUCCUAAGCAAAAGUUAAUCCUGGUGGGAGAAACUGGGAAGUAGGACGAAAGAGAGGAAAUUUUUGAGAAAACUACCAUUUGGUCUCUCUUGCUGUAAAAGUCUAAUAUUUAUAGUUUAUAAAGGCUAUUAAAAUAGGAGGAAAGACUUUUAGAGUUUAUUUCAUUGCUAUAAUAGGUAUUAAAUAUUUUUGGGGUGUUGUCAUGUGUGUUUCAUAUAUGUUAGGGCUUGAUCUUGUGCCUCUGGAAGUCAUUGAUAAUGCUCCCAUUGACUUAAGUGUAGAGGGUCAGACACUGAAACUUAUAUAAAUGGUCCAGCCAGUCAGUAUGGAUAUUCACAAUUGACUGGUAUGAAACUUGUGUACUGAUAUUUAUGUUUAGUAUCUCAUACAGUUUUCUGUUAUUUUACUAAUUUUGCAUUAGUGUUUUUUAAAUAAUCCAGAUUCUGCAGUGGGAACUUUGUUGUUGCUGAUUCCAUUGGUCAUUUUAUGAAUGAUCAUGUUUGAGUGAUUCCACAUAAUUUAAUGUUUGUUCUUUAGAUUUACAUUAGCGUAACUGAGAGGAGAAUUUGCUCCUAUAAUCAGUUUUAUAUUUACCAUAUUAUUUUCACACUCUCUCUCUCACACCACAAUAUGUGCAGUGCUAUUUAGUAGAAACCAUUUAAUUGUAGUAGAAAGAUUCAGCCUUUCAUACUUCAUUUUUCUUUUUGUAGCCUUUCCUUAGCGGGGGCUGCUCUCAUUUGCUCUUCUCUCAUUUGGGUAGGAUCUUCAUAGUUCAGAAGGCUGUCUUCAUACAGAUUGGCUGGCAGUGAGCUCAUAUAUUUAUGUAAUUUUUUUUUGCCUGGCAGCAGCAGAAGAGCACCAUAUAAUCAGCUCCCUCCGGUGCAGUCGAAUGCUGCUGUUGUUGAAGAGCCUUUGUCUUUCUUUGCUGGUCUGGCCACAUUAUGUUGGUUCUGCAGAAAUGUCAAGUCUCUCCAUUGUAUGAAUUAUGCUCUUGGGUAGGGCUGACGUCAGGAGGCAGUGGCUGAGCCUGGGUCUGCCUGCUGCUGAGGAUAUGUGCUGAAUUCACCUACAACAGCAGCGGAUUAACAGCAAGGGCUUGUCCUGCUGCUGACACAUGCAGUUACAUUCAUUGACUUGCAGGGGCUGAAGGACUGAACAGGAGGUUAGAGAGCAUUGAAAACACACCAAAGCCACAGUGACAGGAAUCGUUGAGGUUACAUCUGUGAAGCUACAUAUGGAAAUGGACAAAUAAAAAGCCAAACAAGCUGGUGAUUUAUAAAACAAACAACAUUUACAGCACUCCUUUCCAUUUUACUCUCCUUCUGCUAUUGGAGUUGAGAUCAUGUCUGUUCAUGUUGUAGCCUUUGGAAAUGAGAGAGAUGGAUUUUCUGAAGACAAUCAGCAAUCAAGUCUGAUCUGGACCUAUCUUGGGAGAAGUGCUCUCAUUUCAGAGACUGAAAGCAGUUUGCUGCUGAACUCUGCCAACCACAUUGGAAGCCCUAUGUUUACUGAAUAUCAAGCCUGUGUGUUUGGAAAUGUCAGACUGGUGGUGCAUGACUGUCCCCUUUGGGAUAUUUUUGACAGCGACUGGUACACCUCUCAAAAUCUUAUUGGAGGAGCUGAUAUCAUUGUGAUUAAAUACUCUGUAAAUGACAAAUCUUCAUUUCAAGAAGUAAAGGACAGUUAUGUUCCAAUGAUAAAAAGAGCAUUAAAUCAUUGUUCAAUUCCAGUCAUAAUUUCUGCUGUUGGUGCAAGAAAAAGUGAAGUACCUUGUACUUGUCCACUGUGCACUUUAGACAGAGGGAGCUGUGUUACUGCUUCUGAAGGGAUUCAACUCGCUAAAGAACUAGGAGCAACUUACCUUGAAUUGCACAGUCUCAGUGAUUUCUAUAUAGGAAAAUAUUUUGGAGGAGUGCAGGGACCAACCCGGCUACAACAGCACUGCUAAUGUCGUUCUGGAAGGUGGUGUUACUAUGUUGGCAGAACUCCUACUGUCAUCGUGCUAUGAGGCUGUGCUGUUAUAGCUGUACUGGAAAAGCAUUUGUAAUGUGGCAGAAUAUGUUGUCUUUGUGUUUUAUAUCAGGAUAGGUAAAGUGGUACUCUGUCUGUGGAUGAGUUACACUGGUAUUAAAGGUGCUUUAAAACUGUUUUCACAGUUGGAGUUGUACCAGUAUAACUAUUUAGGUUUUUUUUAAAAAAAGCUCUUCUUUGAGUGAUGUCUCUAUGGAUGCUCCACUGUAGGUGUGUCAGUGUCCCCUGUGUCUGGGAUUGGAAAUUUUACAUUAGCAAUGCCAGUUGGAUCACACAUGCGCACCUCCCCAUCUCACGCCGUGAGCGGCAUGUGUACAUACACCGCUGUGUGGACCAACCGCCUCGCAGUUCCUUCUUAACUGCCUUUGGUCUGGGAUGGAAUCCGCAGCAGAGCCCGCCUAUCCUUUGAGUUGCUAGAUAAUGCCUUACCUGUUAGUUUUAGUGUAGUUUAGUAGUUAAUUCUUUCCUUUAUCAUCCUCUCCCUUCAUUUUUUUGUUUCUUUCUUUUUACCCUCUCUGUUAGUUCAUAGCUUAACACUUGUUUUCCUGCUUCCUGCCCUUCCUGAUUGGGAAGCUUUCUCUCUCGUCCUUAUGCUCAGAUCUCCUGAGUUUAAGAGGUGCGUUUCCCAUCAGGAGGCCUUCCUGGUAAGCGAUGGUCACCCACAGUGCAUCCACUGCCCGGGAGAGGGACACGUCCCGCAGAAGUGUACCCAUUGCUACAGCCUGACUGCUAGGGCAGAAAAGAUCAGGACAUUUGGCUGUGUCUUCUCCUCGUGGAGAGAUCAUUGAGUACAGCAUUGUACCCUGGUCCAGAUGCUUCCUCCGUACAGUUCUCACGCUCUGCUAGCUAGUCCACUGAUCCUCAUUCGCCAAGUGCUUCUAAGAGCAAAUCUUUUCCCUGCGCUGAUGGGAAGAAACAAGCCCUCUCAUUGCCUACUGCCCACCAGAACACCAUUCCCUGCAACAUCAGUUUCAGAUAUGAGAAGUAGCUCUAGGGACUGCCAGAGUACUUCUGGUAUCGGAGCUAAGCAUAUGUCUAAAGACCCUAAAACGGGCAGACCUGCAGGCAUCAGCAUCGUCUCUCGGCACCAGAGACUGCAAUGCGAGACAUUCAAAAAUGGUGCUGACUGCCCCGACCAGAUCAACUUUGUGUGCCAUGGCACUGACGAAACCACUGGCACUGGCAGCUCUGUUGGCACUGACAUUGGUUUCGGCACCAACAAAACAUGCAACACUAGCCAAGCUCUCAGCACCAGUUCAACCUCUGGCACUGAGCAAACCCUUGGCACUGAGCAAGUCCUUGACUCCAUCUGCUGGCUGCUCAAGAGAAUGCACCUCUUCCUCAGCAUUGAUGCAUCUGCUGAUGGGGCUUCUCUAUCCUCUUCAGGAGGUCAGAUACCCUAAGGACCUGCUUGUAUAUGACCUGCUUGAAUCACAAGUACUCAGACAUAAGCUCCCUCCAUCUCUCUUCUCUUCUCUUCUCUUCUCUUCUCUUCUCUUCUCUUCUCUUCUCUUCUCUGGAGUGACAGCACUGCUCCGUUUCUCCUCCAAGGACGGCACUAACCUUCCCCAGCGAGGAAGAUGAGGAAGAAAAGGAAGACUAUGCCUCCUCCCCUCCCCCCCCUUACAUUUGGGACAGGCACAAAGCACAUCAUCUACACAUCCUCAUAGCCAUGACCCCCAACGACCCCAGGACAACCCCACGUGCCAUUCCCUCCACAUUAGCUAUACUGGAAUCCGUGGGUUGUAGACAAAUUGCAGUUUGGGAAGCCUCCCAUAGAACAAAGCCAGAGGCCUACAAAUUCACCAUCUCUAUCCAUCUCUUGAUCACCAGAGACUGAUAGCGGAUGAGGAAGAAGAACUGGAGGAGGAGGUUACACUGCCACUCUAUUUCUCCUAUUCUUCCCCAAUGAGGCUAUCAUCCCUCCAUCCCCUACGUCGGCCAACGACUUUAAACGCUUCCAGGAGCUGUUUCACAGUAUAGCAGACUCCCUCCAGAUUACUCUGGAGGAAGUGAAAGAAGAACAGCAUAAACUGCACAACAUUCUGCACACCUCCUCAUCCUCCAAAAUAGCCCUCCCUGUCAAUGAGUCCCUUCUUGACCUGGCCUACGUGCUCUGGCAGACCCCAGCGACCAUAUGCAAGUGGGUCAUCAAAAAAAUUACGUUACCCCACUCCAAAUUCCUUAGUUGUCAAUGCCGUGCACAAAAAGGGAUGCCAAUACCACCCUAGAUCCAUAUAGCUUUACAGUCCUCCUUGGAUUCUGUAGAUACUGCUGCCUGUUCCAUUGUGACUGCUGUAGUCAUGAGUCAGAUCUCAUAGCUGCACCUCUCUGGGCUCACCAAUGAGGUACAAACCAUCAUUGAGGACCUGUCCUUUGAGGGCCCCAAAUUACACUGGUCUACAAUUUUUGAGAAGUCGUCUGCUUCAGAGAUAAAAUGUGCUAUUUAUUAUGUAUUUUGAUGUGCUGAAUUCAAAUAUGACAAUUAAAACAACUGGCUACUGUU